GUCAAAUUUGAGUUAGUGGAAUGUUGUUGUAGUUGGGCGUGUUUGGAUAUUACCGGGAGAAUACGAAAGGAUACUGCAUCGAAGACGUCAGCGUUGCGUCUGCCUUUGAAUCGAGCUUCGUUACACAUACAGUGGUGGCGCACAGUGAGGAACUUGCAUUGCGACCUGGCAGUUUCAUCAGUCGUCCCUGAACAGUCGCAGAACAGGCCGCAGGCAGUCAAUUUGCAGCUUGGACGGACGAAUUGCAGCCAAGAAACCAUGUGGGAAGAAACAAACACAGCUGGAGGUUUCUAGACAUGGGACCUCUGUGACACGACCGCCCAUGGCCAACAUGCGCUACUGUGAGAUGCCACGAGAUGUGUCGUGCGAUAGCCUGGCGGCUCUGCGCAUCGCUGAGGGACGGGAGGACAACGCCGAGGGCGCGAGCCCCGAGAAGUCCCCGUCGUCGGACGCGUCGCCGCCGUCCGGCUUCCUGGUGAACGGCACGGAGACGCCGCUGCUUAGGCCACGGCCCGCGUCUGCCGCCGCGACGCCUCACGCCGAGCAGGGGGGCGCCAGGACGGCAGCAGCAGCUGCGGGCGGCCAGGGCGCUGCGAGCCGCCGCACGCUGCCGCCGCACGCAGAGUCCGGCCGCAAGAUCUCGCACCCCGGCGCCGCGCGGCCCGCCGUCUGCUACGACAACUACGGCUCAUUGCCACAUAGCGUUGGUGCUCACAGUAAGUCACAGAGCUUACCGGCAAACUCUUCGAUCAAGAGCUACGAUUCAGUUGUCUUUGACGCACUGAGAGUACCACCCGAGGACUUCGCAAGCCAGUUGACACUGCUUGAUCUGCAGGCCUUCCGCAGUAUUCAGCCUGAAGAGCUAACGAGCUGUGCUUGGAACAAACGCUCUAAACUCACUGUGGCACCGAAUGUCGUGGCCUUCACGAGACGUUUUAAUCAUGUCAGUUUUUGGACUGUACAAGAAGUUUUAAAUGGCACUACACCAAAGCAAAGAGCAGAGGUUCUUGCUCAUUUUAUUAGGAUAGCAAAGAAACUAUAUGAUCUUAACAAUUUACACUCACUAUUUGCAAUCAUAUCAUCCCUGCAGAGUGCAUCACUUUACAGGUUAACCAAGACUUGGUCAUGUUUGUCAAAGAAAGAACGACAGACAUUUGAUCGUCUUGCGGAGGUGUUUUCAGAUAAAAAUAAUUGGAGCAACCUAAGAGAACACAUGGAAAGUCUUAAACUGCCUUGUGUACCGUACUUAGGAUUGUUUUUGACUGACCUUACAUAUAUUGACAUGGCACAUCCUCACUCUGGGGGCAUGGAAUCUGAGCAACGCCGUCUUAAGAUGAACAAUAUACUUAGAGUGAUAUCAAAUUAUCAGCAGUCUGACUAUUCCACUCUUGUGCAUCUACCUCAUAUACAGACUUAUUUACGUUCUGUCAGGUACAUUGAAGAGCUCCAGAAGUUUGUUGAGGAUGAUCAGUACAAGUUGUCCCUAAAAUUAGAGCCUCCAUCUCCUGCUCCAAGUUCAUCCAGCUCCAAAGAAUCAGUUUCUGAUGCAGUGGCUUCACUUAGCCUCUCACCUGCUAAAGGAUUGUCAUCAGGCUCCUUGAGGCUUGCAGCUGGAUCAAAAUUUGUGCCCACUCAUCGCAAAUGUCGAAGUCUUGGCACCAAAUUCCGUAGCACAAGCCUUCCUCGUAACUUCCACAAACAGCAACAUCAGCUGACAGGCUGGGUUCCUAGUGGCAUCUUCAACAAACAGUCACAUGGGAUACCAUUCAGUGAAGAUGAGGACAUAGCACUGAAAUCAAGAAAUCUCCUUGACGAUUCUGUCAUUGAGGAACAGCUUCAACAACAGCAGCAGCAGCAGCAGCAACAGCAACAGCAGCAACAGUCACCUAAAGGCAAUGGCUGCCACAAGGAGGUAGACUUGGAAGAUGAAGAAGGUCAAACAUUACUGCAUAGAUGUGGGUCUAUAGUGUCAACAGAUUCUGAUGAGUUCUGCCAGGAAGCUGGAUCUCAUUAUACAAUACAAGGUUGCCUCAGGCGAAAAACUGUGUUAAAGGAUGGUCGGAAGCCAGCUGUCUCAUCGUGGCAGCGUUACUGGGUUCAGUUGUGGUCUAACUCCCUCGUGUAUUACCCGCCUAAAUCAUUUAAAGGAAGUGAGAGAUCAGACUUCAAAGGAGAACCUUGUAAAAUGGUAUCUGUUGAUGGGUGGUCAGUUGUGCUGGGUGACAAUCCAUUCCAACAAGAUGUUUUUCAGCUCACAGACCAUGAAAAAGGGAAUGUAUAUAAGUUCAAAGCUGGCAGCCGCUCUGCUGCCCAGCAGUGGUCUCGCCAUCUACAUCAGGCAGCCCAAGGAACCAAGGAAAAGCCCUUACCUGCCAACCUGAUGUCAUUUGAAUAGAUACAAACACAUUAUUUUGCUGUCCACUACUGUGUGAUGCUGUGUUACCAGUGCAUGUGAAUUUAAAUGUUAUGAAGUGACUGGUUUGAAUGUUAAUGGAUAAUCCUGAUGGAAAUGUACUUGUCAUCACAGAACCAUCUGAACUGAGAUGGAGGCAACUCAAUCAAAAAUGCGUGACACAAAAUAGUAAUUAAUAUGAACAUUAUUGUACAUUUUCUUUUGUACACAAAUUUUACAUUAUGUAACAAGAUGAUGUAGAAACUCUGACAUGCAGUAUCAUAUUUAAAUGGUCAAGUUUGGGUAAAUUGUGUUUUAAAAAACCAUAGUAGAGGCCUAUGACAUGACAGAGAUUUGUGUAACAGUCUUAAAUGAGCACAGUGAAGAUUGCGGUUUGAUGUGCUGUCACUGUUAGAGAAAUUGCCAGUGUUAAAAUGUUGGCAGAUAAAUUCAGGAAUCUCCAUGCAGUCUUUACAAAAGUAGGAUAGAACAUAAUCAUAUCUCAUGAAAAAGUGUAAAAUAUUGUGCAAUCAUAAAUUGAAGUAAGAUAAAAAAUCUAGUUCUCACUUGCCUUGUAUGUAUAGAAGGUGUUAUGUGAAAAAUAGCCCAGGAGUCAUCUCUUUGGUGGUACUUUUUUAUGAAAAUUUUGAAUCUGUUAGGUUUGUGUGUGUGUGUGUGUGUGUGUGUGUGUGUGUGUGUGUGUGUGUGAGUGUGAGAUUUCAAUAAAUGCACUACACUACCAAUAAUUGUAUAUGUUAUCUCUGCCGGCCUGUAGAGAAGUGCUUAGUUUAGUAAACCUUCUGUGAAUAGUAAUACAUUUCAUAAAUCUGUGCAAAUGCAAUUGUUUGAAGGGUGCUUUGCUAUUGAGCCUUGUGUGUGAAUGAUGAUGCAAAUAAAUAUUCUGUGUAUAGAAACCAAUAUAUUUGACAUCUGCACAGCUGAUACAUGUUAUCCUCGUACAUAAUACUCACUGCUUGUAAACAAUAAUUUGACAAGUGUCUGAUUACUGUUGGGAUCAAUUUUUUUAUUAAUUUUUUUAUAUGUUGUAUUUAAUAUACUAUAGCUCUGAGACUGAUUUUUAUGAAAAGUUGUAGUUUUCUUAGAAAUGCCAGGAACAAGUUUAUAACUUAGUAAUGGCCUAUACUCAGUGACUAUCUCUGUGUGUGGUGUUUGAUGAGACAUAUCUGAAAUGAUGCUUAUUGUCAAUCUCAGGUAAUAAUUACUCUUAAUGUUUCGAUUUUUGAAGAGAAGAAUCUGAGAUUUGUUAUGAAGUUUUGUUUAAAGCAUAUAUUCUUGUUAAACUAUUCAGAGCUUGAAACAUUGUGUUAUUAAGCAUGAGGAUAGUUUCUGCAGUUUAAAUAAGUGUACCAGAUGUGUCAGUUGUUUUGUGCCUUCAGAUGUGAUUGAUUUAGCUAGAUUUGUGGUGCCUCUGUUAAAUGCCUAAAAUUUUACAAUUAUUUUAUUAAAACACAAAUUUGAACAAAUAGUUACUCUGUAUAUUCAGCUCUUUAAUGUUAUGUUCUUUUUAUACUGUAUAUUUACAAUUUUAAACUUGUCGUAGAUAUGGUACUUCAGUUUUGUCAAUGGCUGUGAAUCCUCGCAAAAGACUUAGUGUCAUUAUUUUAUAUUACUUGUUGGUAGUAUAUCCAGUUUUGAUGUAAUUUGUAGUGCUUUGCCUUAUUAUACAGCUGCAGUUACAUUAUUGCCAGAAGUUUGAGGCAGCGUAUUUCGUACUGUAAAUUUGACGUUUGAAUAUUAAAAAUUUUCUAAGAAUAUUAAAA